AUGUCGCUGGGCUCGUCGCUCCUCCGGUUCGCGCUGCGCCAGUGGAGGGACUUCCACUCCCCCGACGAGUGCUUCUUCAUCAACAUCGUCUUCUCCCUCUACCGGUCCCUCACGUCCACGUCCGUCCUCUUCAUGGCCCUGGAGCGCUACAUCACCAUCCUCAAGCCGCUCACGCACUGCUACAUCCUGACGGAGCGUCGCAUCCGGCUCUCCCUGGCCGCGUCCUGGGCCAUCUCCUUCGCCUUCGUCGCCGCCCUCGUCGGCCUCCGGGUGGCCUACCCCGACCCCGUCAGGGAGGACAAGUGCGACAUCAACAACGACUUCCAGGUGUGGAAGGUCAACCUGACGCAGAUCUCGAUCGACGCGCUCGUCUACGCCGCCGUCAUCGUCAUCUACAUCCACCUGCACGUGAUCGCGCGCCGGCACCUCCGCGUCAUCGAGCGCGAGCGGCGCUUCUUCGGCCUCGUCCAGUUCCAGAGGAACCUGAAGCGCACCAGCGUCGCCUUCAGGAUCACGCUCUUCCUCCUGGCCCUGGAGGUGCCCCUGUUCGCCCUCAACCUCCUGAGGACGUUCGCCUCCGACCGCCAGGAGCUCACGCGCUACAGCGACUACAUGUUCUUCCUCUCCCUCCUCAGGCAGCUCCUGCAGCCUGCCUUCUACACCCUCUUCUCGUCCGACUUCAGGAAGAGCCUCCUGUUGCUCGUCUGCAGGAACCGCGUCGCGCCGGCGGCUCAAGGGCGUCCGCCAAUAGAGAUUCCGACCAACUUCGCCGCGGGACGAAGGGCGCCAAAGGAUCUUGCCGCUCCCGCAGGAGACGCAGCCGAGGGCGACAUUCAGCUGCCCGGCCCCAACAGGAAGGCGCAGGGCGUCUGGGUCGAGGGCAACCAAGGCCUCGGCGGCGACGGGACGGGCACGAGCUCCAGCAGCGCCUGA